AUGUCAGCUCAAGUUGUGAAACGAACCUUUCAGGCUGAGCCCAAUGGCCGAAUUUUGGCUUGGGCUGAGCAGGACAACUGGACGGAUGAGCGAGGGCCUCUGGGGGUGGAGCGUGACAGCCCUCCGCUCGCUCCUCUCACCGCUGAGAGCCCGCAAUGGCUUCGCGACCUUCACAUAAAUGGCUGGGCCAUAGUCAAAGGCGCGGUGCCGAAAGAAAGAGCUCUCAACUAUGCUGAAAAGGCGGAAGAUUGGCUCGAAGGCUUCAAAAUGGGAUAUAAACGGGACGAUCCCUCGACCUGGAAGUCUACAAACAUUCCUCGACAUCGAUUCGGAGGGCUUUUUGACCACUUCUCCUUCGCCCACGCUCAAUUUGUAUGGGAUUGUAAAUCAGAGCCGGGUGUCAGAGAGAUCUUUGCGGAGAUCUGGGGUACAAAUGAACUUACGGUUUCAUUUGACGGAGGGACACUGGCUUUUCCGACGCCCGACGAGCCUGAUCAUGGCAGGACACCAUGGCCACACGCUGAUCAGAGCGCCUAUCGACCAUGGCCCCACUGUAUACAAGGAUUACUGAAUCUCCUACCCAACGGUCCAGACGAUGGCGGCCUCGCAGUCAUGACUGGAAGCGCACCGCUCUUCCCAAAGUUCUUCAAAGAAAACGAUCCCGUAAUGCAGCCUGAAGGUGGUUGGAUGAAGCGAGACCACCUGAGGUGGAACGAUGUACAAAUGAAAUGGUUCGAGGACCACGGUUGUGAAUGGGUGAAACCCAGCCUAGAUCCAGGCGACUUCAUCCUCUGGGACUCCCGGGCUGCUCAUUAUGGAGCAGGACCAAUGUCUUCUAAUAAGCGAAUGGCUGUUUACACCUGCUAUAAACCCAUUAAGUUCUUGACUGAAGACCAAAGGCUUCGCAAAGUAGAAGCCUUCAAGCGAGGCUACAUGACGUCUCACGAUCCUACGGAUUUUGUGUUGAAAGAGGAACAGAUGGCAGACUGGAACAUCCUCCACCCUUAUGGUCCUCCCACUGUCAACAAGGAGACUCAGCAAGCGAUCGGGAUUAUCCCAUACCGGAAAGACUAG